CACGCUGGCAAUGGGGUCCUGCUGUGGGGCUUCUGGGAGAGAAACAUGGCAGCACCCGGGCUGCUGCCGGGCAUGGGCUGCCUCUUGGAGAUGCCGGCAGCGCUGGGGCGCGUGAGCCGACCUUACAGCACGUCCCAGGCCUUCGCGGAGGUUCUACGGCUGCCAAAAAGGCAACUAACGAAGCUCGUGUUCCCGUUACAGGAACUCCAGCGGCAGCUCCUCCCGGAGUCGAGGCCAGACCUUCACCUGAAGACUUUCGGCCCGAGCCUGGAAGACAUCGCGAGAGCGGAGACCUUCUUCACCGCCACCGCCCGGAACCGCAUCGAGUACCUAAGCUCUGCGGAGCACCUUGGCCACGCCCCUGCCCUCCCCCGCCCGGAGGGGCACACAAAGAAAAUGAACUUUUUCAAAGUUGGAAAAUAUUUUACAUUGGUGGACAUGCCAGGUUAUGGCUACAGAGCACCUGAAGAUUUUGUUGGCAUGGUAGAGACCUAUCUAAAAGAAAGAAGAAAUUUGAUGAGAACAUUUUUGUUAGUGGAUAGUGUUGUCGGAAUUCAAAAAGCAGACAAUAUUGCCAUAGAAAUGUGUGAAGAAUUUGCAUUACCUUAUGUGAUGGUAUUAACAAAAAUUGACAAAUCUUCCAAGGGACAUCUUUUAAAACAAGUGCUUCAGAUCCAGAAAUUUGUUGACACUAAAACACAAGGAUGUUUUCCUCAGUUGUUUCCUGUAAGUGCUGUGACCUAUUCUGGAAUCCAUCUGUUGAGAUGCUUUAUAGCAAAUAUAACAGGAAAUCUUAAGACUAAUGGCUAAUGAUGCUUGGCUAGCUGAAAACUCAACAUUUUUUAUGCCAACUGGAGUUAAACACCUAAAAUUUCAACAUUGUUUUAAAUGUUGUGUAUCUUCAAUUUGCAGAGGAUCACUUCAGCUUUCAGCCCGACAUCUUCCCACAGAAACAAUGAAUUUGGGCCUGUGAGGGAAAAGGUUUAUAAAUGAUUUAAUUAACCCGGAUACCAACAGUUUUUCCUAUUUUAACAAACUGACAAACGAGCAGCAUAUAGAAAUCCAUAAAAUGAAAACCUACUUACUACUGUGUAGAGAAGGGUUUGCCAUGUUAUUUAUUGGGCUUUGUCUUUAAAAGAAAAUGUCUACUGUGUAUAUUUCUUAAAUAUUAAAGUUGAGUAGGUAAAAAAGGAGCUACUUUUCUAUUAAGCACUGAUAGGUAGUUUAAAGAUAAAUGCUCCUAUGUAUGUCUAUAAAUUAUCUUUUUUUCCUGAGUCCUUUUCUGAAUAUUAAAAAAAAAGUAUUCUUAAUAAAAUUUCAGUCUGACCAUGCUGGAAACACCAAUAAAUUCAGGCUGGGAUCAGUCACCUUCAGGUGAACACAGGAUUCAGAAUCAGAAGACCAAAUUCAAGUUACAGUUCUAUUACUGUUUGUUUUUUUUUUAUAUGUUGGACCUUAGGUAAAUUGCUUGAUUUCUCUGAACUUCAUUUGAACUCUAACCUCACAAGUUCUUAAUAUUAAAGUGGUACUAUAUGUGAAAAAGGACAUCUGCAUAUUCUGCAUAUUUGUGAAGCGAAACUAACCCAAGAAUACAGCAAAAUUCACAGGUAGAUUUACACAGAAAACAUCUUGUCAUGGAGGAAGUAACAUUUUCUCUAGUGGAAGACAAAAAAAAACAACACACACACACACAAAACCUAGUUUUAAGUGAAAAAACGGAUUUGCAAAGAGAGAGAAAAGGGUUGAUGGGACUUAGAAUUCAUACAUUAAGAUUCAGAAUGGAAAGAUAAAGCCUUACCUUGAACUAAAUGGAAAAAUUUUUAUUAAGAUACUACUGACUGACCUAUUCAUGUAAGUGGUUUAGGUUUUCAAAGUGAGGAUGAAUAUUUAAAGGUUAUAGCAAUAGCACUAGAUGAAAAAUGAAGGCUGUAAAUGAACUUUGUGGCUUUUUUAGAAAAUUCAAUUCUGAAUAUAAAUAUUUUCAGUAGUUUUAUAGUUGAUAGAGCUGGUCUAUUUUAACCAGCAGCAUUUUAAGCUAAAAAAAGACUUUUUAUACAGGCAUUCACAAAGUAAAAUAUAUGGUAACAAUCUUUCUUAGAAGUCAUCUGUCUGCCAGUGUUACUUCACCGUUUGUCUUGGUUCUUCUAGAAACGUAGCCCAAGACAAAAGCACGCAUGUAGUAGUUUAUCUGGGAGGUGGUCCCAAGGAACAGGCGUAAUGGAGAAAUGAGACAGAAGGAAUGAAAGCUAGUCAAGGAUUCAUUGACACCACUUAAGUACUAGUGCUUGAUCUUGAGGGACCUUCUGAGGAGCCUUAUGAAAUGUGCCUCUGAAUUGUCUUUGAAGGAUGGCAACCCCACACCUCUUCCAAGUUGUACAUGCCCAAAUGCCAAGCAGUCCCUGCCAGCUUCUCAGAGGCCAGGAGGCAGGAUGUGAGAGAUCCCUGGAACAGGAGACAGGGUGGAGUUGCCCAGUCUUGCUCCAAAUUGGUUGCCAUGGCAGCAGCUAAAGUAAGAAGCCCAAGAGGAUUUGAAGUGACGCAUGGGAAGUCUCAUCCCCUUCUCUUAUAAAUGGCCUGAGUGUUCUAAUGCUACCAGAAGUUACUAAAUUGGUAUUCACUAUGAUGAUACUAUGUAUAGUUUUUAAUUUACUAGCUAAGUUAUGGUUUUAUAUAUUUUAGAUUGCACAUCUAAAAAUUCAAAACAUUAAGUUUGGAAAAUUAACUGAUAUAGAAUACUGUUUCUUAUAAAUAUAUAUAAAUUAUUUUGUGGGCA